AUGGAGAGCGAGGAUGAUGAUUCCAUGAUACAGAACUUGUGCGCGGCACACAACGAUGAGGAAGAGCGGAAGCUGGAUGCGCAGAAUAUAGCUAUAUGUCACUUAACACUUAAAGCAUUAUCCUUUAAACAUGGAAUUAAAUUGGGCGCGUCCGGUGCGCACCCACACACUGUGCACACUGCGGCAGAUGGUCUAGUGCUUUAUAUGAGGUGUAUGUUGGUAAAUAUAUUUAUGAAAAGGAUAAUGGGAGAGAACUGUGUAAAGACCGCAGGCGGGAAACGCGCAUUCGAAGCUGCAAAGGCAUUCGUGGAUACGCCGGGCACAGCGGCACGCAAUUCUACCUGUGAGAAAGCAGAUAUGGCACCAGGGGGUGACAGGACCCAGAAUCCGCACAAUUGGACAUUGCUGGACAUAAUGGGCAGGUGGCUUGAGAGGAAUCGGGGAACAUUGAAUGAUGGGAAGGAGGGCGUAUUAGGAGACAGCUGUAGUGUCAAUAUAAGCGCAAGGAUGGACGCCGACAAGGCCAAAGUACUGGAUGAGUUGAAAAAGAAAGUGGAAGUUGAAAUGGACAAGGUUGGGCAGCAUAUGAAAGAGAAUAUAACGACAAUAUUAAAUGCAGUGAAAACAUGCACCGAUAUGAAAUGUGUGAAACGAGUAAUACAGCAGGAAAUGGAGAAAGAGCAGCAAGAGAAGAACGGGGCUUCUCCUCGAGAAACUCCAGAAUUCCGAGCAACGGCGACCGAUCCGGGAACAGGGGGAGACGGGAAAGCGCGUUCCGAGAACCCUGGCGCCACCAAACCAGCACCCGCUAAACCCGCCCCGGCCAAACCAGUAGCGGCGAAACCCGGGGGACCGGUGACACCGGUUGCAACGGGAUCGUAA